CACAACGAUUCCGCGUGCAGUCAGACAGAUGGCAAUAAGCAGGCAAGGGAAUACCACUGGUGCUGGUUAAGUAGGAAGUGCAUUCAACACUGUAUCUCUGGGUGUACUUAAAAACAUCUGUUCUUGAUUUCGAUGUGAAUAUCAAAUUCGACUCUUCGAAGUAAUUUUGGUAGUUGCGUUGUCGGCAAGAGUUAUCAACAAGUAAAUAGCUAAAUAUCCAUAGCGACAUCUGGGGUGGGCGAGACUGCUGCUGUGGCUUGCUAGCUGGUAGCUAUAGCUACAGCUGACUGUCGUGGACCAAACGGCUUGAGUUAGUUGGGCCUGGGUACAAUCUCUGCCUGGUUGAUCUGCAUGCUAGCUGGAUAGCUAACAACUAGAGUAAUAGUCUAUAUUUUCUGCAAGAUUACGCAAGAUUACGUUAUUCAGAUUUGAUUGGACGACCACAUACUAAUACCAAAUGGCAGACAAUCUGAGCGAAGCGUUGAAGAAGCUAAAGCUAACCACUGCAGAUGGUUCCUCAGACAGUGUGGACAGCUGCCUAGACUGUCUGCUCAAAGCACUCGCUCACAACAAUGUGGAGGCCAGUGAGAAGGUCCAGGAGACGGGUCUCCUCCCCAUGCUGCCCACACUGCUCGCCCCCCAGUCCUCCUGCACCCCCAAAGUAGCCAACAUCAUCGCUGAGUUGGCCAAAAAUGAGUUUAUGCGUAGCCCGUGUGUGGAGGCCGGCCUCAUUCCCCCUCUAGUGCAGCUGCUCAGCUCCUCAGACCAGGAAGUGCUGCUCCAAACCGGCCGCGCCCUGGGCAACAUAUGCUAUGACAGCCAUGAGGGCAGGAGUGCAGUUGACCAGGCGGGAGGGGCACAGAUAGUAGCUGAACACAUUAAGUCCCUCUCCCAAAAUACUGAACCGGCCAAUGGGACACUCUUGACUGUCUUUUGUGGCAUGCUGAUGAACUAUAGCAAUGAUAAUGACUCCUUGCAGGCCCAGCUGAUCAGCAUGGGGGUCAUCCCCACCCUGGUGAAGCUGCUGGCCGUCCACUCCGACAACGUGGGCCUGACCGAGAUGUGCCUCAUCGCCUUCGGGAACCUCGCAGAGCUCGAGUCGAGCAAGGAGCAGUUUGCCUCAACGAACAUAGCGGAGGAGCUGGUGCGCCUGUUCCAGAAGCAGUCUGAGCACGAGAAGAGGGAGAUGAUCUUUGAAGUCCUCGCUCCUCUGGCCGAGAACGAUGUGAUCAAGCUGCAGCUGGUGGACGCCGGGCUGGUGGAGUGUCUGCUCGAUGUUGUGGCUCACACGGUGGACGGGGAGAGGGAGGAGGAGGUAGCACAGCUCAAGACGGCCUCUGACCUGAUGGUGCUACUGCUGCUGGGAGAUGAGUCCAUGCAGAAGCUGUUUGAAGGGGGCAAGGGAAGCGUGUUCCAGAGGGUGCUGUCCUGGGUGCCAUCCCAUAAUCACCAGCUACAGCUGGCUGGGGCACUGGCCAUUGCCAACUUUGCCCGCAACGAUGGCAACUGCAUCCACAUGGUGGACACGGGCAUCGUGCAGAAGCUUCUGGACCUGCUAGACAGACAUGUGGAUGAGGGGAACGUCACGGUCCAGCAUGCCGCACUCAGCGCCCUUCGGAACCUGGCCAUCCCAGUGGUGAACAAAGCCAAAAUGUUGUCUGCCGGAGUUUCAGACAUAGUCUUGAAGUUCCUUCCCUCGGAGAGACCACCUGUUCAGUUCAAGUUGCUGGGCACGCUACGCAUGCUCAUCGACACACAAGUGGACGCUGCCGACCAGCUGGGGACCAAUCUGGGGCUGGUGGAGAGGCUGGUGGAGUGGUGUGAAGCCAAGGACCACGCCGGCGUGAUGGGCGAGUCCAACCGGCUGCUCUCUGCUCUCAUCCGUCACAGCAAAUCAAAGGAUGUUGUCAGAACAGUCAUCCAAGGAGGUGGAGUCAAGCACUUAAUAACCAUGGCAACCAGCGAGCACAUGAUCAUGCAGAACGAAGCGCUGGUGGCGCUGGGCCUCAUAGCAGCCCUGGACCUGGUUGGUGCUGAGAAGGACUUUGUUGGGUCCAGCCUGGUGCAGGUCCUUCACAAGCUGCUGUCAGACGAGAGGAGUGCUCCUGAGAUCAAGUACAACUCCAUGAUCCUUAUCUGUGCCGUCAUGAGUUCAGAGCCGCUCCAUAAAGAGGUGCAGGCGCUGGCGUUCAUCGAGGUGGUCUCCAAGCUGCGGUCGCACGAGAACAAGACGGUGUCCCACCAGGCGUCCCUCACAGAGCAGAGGCUAACGGCACAGAGCUAAACUGCCAUGCACACACGCCAUCCCCUUCCACACUCUCAACCCAAGCCUGCCUCACGACCAACCUCCCCCCCCCCCGCCCCCCUCACUCUACGAAAACGACUCCCACCUGCUGUACGUGUCCCCCACGGUCAUGUGCCAAGGUGAGCCCUGUCCUAGUCUUCAGCCAACGCCUCCCCUAACCCCUGACCCUUUUUAUCACCACAACACAUGCGCAUGCAUCCUCCGCUACAAGCAGCUCCCAUGACAGAUAUUCGGUGGCGUAGACAACCUUCCGCAAUAGAGAAACAAAGAGACAGCACUCUUUUACGACCAUAGCUGUGAUACCCAUCCACCAAUAACUCACUGAAAAGUGAAAAAUGCAUCCAAGAAAACUGAGAAAAAAAACUGAAAAAAAUAUAUACUUUUGAAAUGUAUUUAGGUUUGUUUUGUUUUAAAGAGAAGCCUCGCAUCCAUUAUCAUGUCCAGACGUGUCCUGUGUAGCUUCUAUUACCAGCCGGGUUGAAAACCUGCAUGUUUUAGUCCAGUUAAUGAUGGUGUGUAUCGGUGUAUACUUUACCCUUGUGCAUUCCCUGAAAUGCAACCCUGGUCAGUCCUACAAUCAUCCACAGUGCAGUUCACACAUUUUUUGUACUUGCCUUGGAAGUUGAAUACACACUUCGACCUAUAAUCAUCUCUUGGUCGGUUCGCCCAGUCCUGGUCCCAGGCGACCUGAGGUCUGAUCAGAGGUCCACUAACGGGCAUUAGCCUCUACCACCUCUCACUGAAGGAAGGCUGUUUGCUUGUAUCUGAACCUGGUCAUGAAUACACAUUCAGUCCUGGUGUUUGUGAGGGUGUACAGUGAAACAACCUAAUAUGUGUGCGUGUGUGUGCGACUAAGGAUUUUCUGAUUAGGAGGUUAGGUAAGAACAAAGACUGCAUUGAAGGGUGGUAAUACUCCAUAUGGUGAGCUAUGUUAUAUACACAAGUACAGUGUAUAGAUAGCUAUCUGGUAUCACCCUGUGCUGAUGAGUGGGGAUGAGAAUCUGGAGAAGACUGCUCUGCACUCCAUUCUUGUAUGUGUGGUACUGGUCUGGUUGAUCUCCCAGACAGUACAGGACCUUUGCAUGUGUGGAGGUUUCCCUACUUUAGGGUAUUUAGAACAUGCACAUCCUAGCAUGUCAGAUACUUGGUAGACACCAUAAUGUGACGUUAGUCAUGUUUUUAAACUUUUUGUUUACUGGUGGUCCACAAUUCUUUUUUUUUUGUUGAGUAUGAAUGGUUAUUUAUCAAAUUUGUACCCUUACAAAGACACAAGCCAAUGAUGACGUAACCACAAGUAACUGCAUACAAUAUUAUACUGUAAACUUAAAUGUUUGUUGUAAAUGUCAUUAAUGAGUUGUACAUUUGGAGGAUUGUAACUGAACAGAUAAUUAAAGACAUGCUGGCGAUAAAGUGA